CACCGGGCGCACCACACAAGACCUGGUGCCCAGGUACGUUCCCUGCCUCCCACCCUAACCUAGCAACCACCUCUCACCGAUGGCGACGACGAGCUGCCCUCGUCUCCUACAUCUCCCCUCCUCCACCUCCACCUCCUCCGCCCUCCCACCAGUCUGUCCUUCCCACCUCCGCUUCAAGCCACCACCACCAGCAGCCGGCGCGGUUUCUACUUCCGCCUUGGGCCGUGGCUGCAGUUCUUGGCUCAGCCUCCGCUGCCGAAGCGCUGCCGGACCCUUGCCGCCCUCCUCCGAGCCACCGCCUCCAUCUCCUCAAGAUUGGCAAGAGAGGUUGUCAAGAUUACAGGAUACGUUACGGAUAUUCUUUGCAGUUCUGUUCUGGAUGUCACUGUUUUUCUGGGGCAGUGCUUGGGGUGGAAGUAACAACUCAGGGGGCAAGAAGGGCCAACGGUUUCGAAACAAAUCCAAGUGAAUAUGCCCUAGGAAUGGUUACAGUCUCAGUUUUACUGGUAUAUAUAUAACUUUCCUGUGUUUGUAUGAACAAACAAGUGGUAUUAUACAUCCUGCUCAGGUGCACAGCGGAUUCGCAUGUAUUCAAAUGUAACAUUGUAUGUAGCGCUGCAAAGCUUCUCUUUGAUAUAUGACAUGCCACAUGAGGUGGGCGAAAAUUAGGGAUGUGCUAUUAUGCUGAGAGUACCCAUGUUUAUUGAGUGCAAAUUAUAUGAUAUCACAGCGGAAGCUAAA